AUGUCUAUAGAACCCUUGUUUUGUGCAGCCCUGCAGACCAAUAUAUCACCACUGCUCACUAUAGACAUAGAGGGAAUCACAGACACUCAAACAGCCCUAAUUGAUUCUGGUUCUUCUGCUAACUUCAUCGAUCCCCAAUUUGCCUGUUCCCACAACAUUCCACUCAUUGAAUUGCACUCCCCUGCUCUGUCAUUGGCAUUAAUGGCAAGCAAGCAAUUCUCCACCAUUUCCUAUGCUCUUCCCCUUGGAAACAGAAGCCUUAGUCUUAGAACCCCCUGGCUCAAAUUGGCUAAUCCAGACAUUGAUUGGACCACCAUGAAAGUUUCACUCUGCCUAGCUACAGAAGCUCAAGCUGGUAGCAUCAACCCUGAGCCUCAGAAUCUCCCUGUUGAACUCCAGGAGUUCCAAAAAGUGUUCAGUGAAGAGAUCUUUACCACACUGCCAGAACAUUGCCCAUAUGACAGUGCUAUUGACCUGGAAGAAGACAAACAGCCUCCCUAUGGCCCUAUCUAUUCAAUGACCCCUGCAGAAAGAGAAUCACUCAAGGAACACAUUGACUCAGAACUUGGAUGUCACAACCAAGAGUGA